CCUUGGGGAGCCUAGUACGGUGGAACAGCCUCUGACAGCUGCUUUUUGUACUAGGCAUACAGGCAGCAGUCCAACACUGCCCUUCUUAGCAUUUGGGAGUUUCUGUGGCCAUGGCAUCCAGAGGCUGCAUGUGACACAAUCCAGUGAUGCUGAGGGCUCUGUGGCUCACAUGGGUCACAGUUCUGAGGUUUCCAUUACACUGUUACACUGGGCCACCACAGUCCUCUGAACAGCCGUGCUUCUGUUUUGAUACAGAGAUUUGAGAAUGUGUUUCAGGAUUGCUGAAAAAAUCAUCAAAUUUUUAGUUUAUUUGCGGUUCCAUUUUCAGUACAUUACCUGUGAAUUUUCAAAUGGAAUGUAUAGAGUUGCAACUAAAAAUCUGAUCACGUCCUGCCACCAGACCUCUAUUUGCCCUUCUCUUCACAGUCACACCUUAUUCAUGUCAUCGCUUUUUGGCGGUAUGUACCUUUAUGAACAAUUAUUUUCAAGGAUGAAGCACAGGAGGAGUAAAAUUUCAUCAAAAAUCCCUAUUAAACACAUGGAGAAAUCACUGAGAGUUGCAACCACUGCCAUCGAAUCAGCCCAAUCUGCUGGUUUCACAAAAACAAGGCCAUAUAUCCCACUAGUAUUAUACUUUUGCUGCUCUCUUUUCUGGUAUGUUCUAAUAAAAAAAAAUUAAAAAAUGAAAGAAGUUUUGUUACUUACAUUCAUUAAUUAUAUUAUAUAUUUUAUGGUGGGCUCUCCAAAAGUAAUGCCUCUUAUUUUAUUAUGUUGGCCAACAACACCAGAGGUGGAUGUUGCUGGUAUGGCAGUAGAGGUGGAACCUUUCUGCCAGUAUUUCCUUGUGUUUCAUUGCCAUGCGACAGAUGGCAGCAGAGGGGCAGUGUGACAGAACUGCGUCUGGCAUGGGAGUGUGGAUGAAGCAAAGCUGUGCCACCGAGUUACUUCAUGCAGAAAAAAUGGCACCCACUGACAUUCACUGAUGCUUGCUGAACAUUUGUGGAGAUCCAACAGUGGAUGUGAGCACAGUGAGGCAGUGAGUGGUGUGUUUCAGCAGUGAUGACAGUGGGGCACCUCUGCUGGUGCAGGUUUCGACGAGUGUGGUACGCAGGGCAGGCUCCUGUUCAUUGCUCGCAAAAAUUCACAGCUAAUCUGGUGACUAUUUUGAAAACUAGUGUUUUGUCGCUGAGAAUUUGCUCAAUCAAAUAGUGUUAUUGUGCUCUUUGUAUCUGUUGUAGUUUCCAUGGAUAUAAUUAGGAGCCAUUACUUCAGGAGCAACCGACAUAAAUGUAGCCUGGAACAAUUCCCCUUCAUUCUGUGCAGCCCAGGCGAUGCAAAAGGUCGGACUCUCAUGUAAUAGGAGGAGCUUCCCAAGUGGUUGUUGUUGCUCGCUAUGCCCACGAGAUGGAAGUGAGGGUGCAGGCAGUGUGUGCACAUGGAAACACCCUUACACAGACAGUGCUGUGUUCCCCAGGACUCGAGGAGGUGUUUGCCAUUUGGUGCCCGGGGGUGAGCCAGCUGGCGAGCAACUGCUCCGCAGUGCGCUUUGGGACACCGGUAGCUAAAAACAGCCCUUGGUACAUCACUAACUGGGGAGGAAAUGGGAAGGAUAAGGCCACUGCUAGAGGUGUGAUGCAUGCACAAAGUCCCCCCAGGACUCCUGCAGCAUUGAAGAAAUGACACAAAGGAAGCAGGGCACCUUGCAGUCAUUCGCUGUACUUUGCUACCACGAGAAAAUCAGUCUCUCAAAACACAGAAGUCUGAAAUGAGGCGGAGGAAACAGUCUGAGGCUGAACGACACCUAGAACCAGCUCCAAAGAUGUGCUAGAGGCAGAUGUAAAACAGCCCGGUCAGAAACUCUGCUGCACAGAGCAACUACCUGUGACACACCAAUGAUGCUCGUGCCACCUUAUUACCAUUCUGUGUGGCUCCAGUGUUAAAGGACGACAGAGGAUGACCUUCCAAAACUUGAGAAACAGCAGCCAGCCCCACCACUGGACCCCCUCCAUAUUGCACUUUCAUGGCCUUUCCCUUCAUCAUAGGCAUGCAGUAAAUUGCUGUGCUGUGAGCAGCUUGUAAUUCAAACUGAAAAAACGACAUUAACUAGGAGAAUGUGAACCUCAGUGCUUCCAGUUUUCAUGGCUCAGGCCAUGUUUUCUUCCUCUGUCCGUUAGUGCUAAGCUCUGUCAUCAAGAGGAAGUGGCUGAAGCUCCCAUGCUAGAGGGAUAUCUGCAUCAGAGUGUUAAAUAUGUUCUUUUCAUCUUGGGCUCAUGUCUACACAUUUUAAAUGCUUGUUGCACAUGACCUCCAAACCACACAGCAGAGGCUGUACUGACCAAGGUAGCUGAAAUUGCUUGUCAAAUAUUUUGGAAAUAAAACUGCAACAACGGCAGAGAUGAAAAUUUCAGUGUAUCGUGACUGUUGGCUAUUCUAAAUACAGAAACUGUGAACACAGGAAGCCCAACUUACCUCUUGAACUUAUCCAGAUUCACCUUUGAGUCAUCAAUGGGCGCUAUGCCCCUUCUCAGCUAACACCUGCAAUUUGGAGGAGGGAUGGUGGUGAGAUAUCUGCCUUCUUGCCAAUGGUUUCUUCAUCUGUGGAUGCUUUGUGUCUGUUUGACCAGAGGACCAAAGCCCUUUCAGGCAGGCACAUUUCAGCACAGCCAUGGACAUCUAUAAAACAGAUGACUGCUAUGGGGCAAAGAGCUCUGUUCCCUUAGGAACAGGCAAAAUAGGCAGCACCUCAUUCCAGCCCGGUGGCUUCAAGCGCUGGGAAGGCUAACACUUUGGAGAUAAAACUCCAUUCACUGCAUUCAUUUCCAAAGAGGUACAUCUUAUAUCUAGGAAGGUACCUUUGCUGAUAUGACAGCAGGCUUAAUCACGUGGGCAGCCUCUACUUACCCACCUUCCCUGCCUGGAGGGGAGCAGGGACUGGCAAUACAUUUUAGAGAAGAAGUCUUAGGCUGUUUGGUACAAGAGGAAAAUAGAGUAGGCUGGAAGGGAAAUGGAUUUUAAGAGGGUUUUAUUUGGCUUUUUAAUAUGCCGAGCAUCCUUUAAGCAGUAGGAUAAGAAUAACCUUGCCCCCAUUCUUGAUGAUAAAAUCCCCACUGUUGGAUCAGAGCCAGACAUAAAAGUCACUCUGCUUGUACUUUGUGCAACCUCUGCUACAGAUUUUAUCUUCUCUAAGUAACAUUAUGCAGAAGUCCAGAAAGCGGAAAGCAAAUACCAAUACAACUUCCUUUACGUUGACCAAUUCAGUGCACAGGAAGAAGCUUCUUGAUAUGAAUAACCAUCAAGCUGUAGCCACAGUCAGGGGUCUGUAUGAGCACAGGAAGAGCAGUGGCUCUAAGUGCUGCAGAUCCCUAGCAGGGGAAGAUGGGGAACUCACAGCAAGCUGGAUGGUGCAAGAAGCCUGCAUCACCCAUGAAAACAAGAGCUGCCUUGGAAGUGGUCAGGAGCACCACAUGGACCAUUGUUCUGCUCACCAGCACCGCAGUCACAGGAGCUACAGGAAUUAACAGAGUGUCAGCACACCUGGGUCACAGCGCUGUGAUGACCUGCUCCAACAAAACAAAUAUAACUAUGGUAACAUGGAAAACAAGCCCCAAGACUGGACGCCAGUGCACCUUGGCAUACCUGAUUGAUAGUAACAAGACAGAAAAAAUCAACUGCAGUGACAGAAUAAACUGGAGAUCCAGACCAGACUGGGAUCAUGCACUUGAGAUACAGCAAGUAGCAAUGGCUGAUGAGGGAAAUUACACCUGCGAAGUGGUAAAUGCAGAUGGGAAUUUCCAUAACCCGUAUCACCUGACUGUGCUAGUUUACCCGAGAAUGGCUCUGUACUGCGAUGACCACGGGAACCCUGUGUGCGAGGCAGAGACAGAGAAGCCGGCUGCUGAGAUCUCGUGGGUCCCACAGAGCAACUCCACACCCACAGCAGACAGUCACAGUAACGGGACAGUGACAGUUCUCAGCAGGUUUGCAGCACGUAGCAGCAAUGGGAAGAAUGCUACCUGCAUCGUGUCCCACACAACUCUGAACGAGACCAAGUCCAUAGACUGCUCCUCACCACACAGAUAUCUUAUCCUGUGCAUAGCCAUCGUUCUCAGUUUCCUGAUCAUCAUCAUUUUUGCGGCUGUCAUUUACUGUUUAAAGCUCCAUGGUUACAGAUUCUGUCGCAAAACCAAACCUCCUGAUAUUGUUCCUACAUAUCCCUUGCAGGAUGACACAGUGGAGGUGGAACCUUAUACUACUUAUGUGCAGAAGGAAAAUGCAAUUUACAACUCAGUAUCUGAUCUGACAUUGAGACAGAAUCUUCCACAAGGACAGUUACCAGCAACAUGAGUGAUUCAGCAACACUGGAAAGGGGAGAGACGAUUUCUAUUACUAAGACAAGUCACAGAAAGAAAUUUCUCAAAGCAUUUUGCCAAAGUGGGAGGCGACAUAGCUCACUAGGUCUCUUUAAAGAUAUAUGUUAAUCAAUGAGUCUGCAUAGUUCUUUUUUUUUUCCCUCUUUUUUGCCUUCCUCAUUGGUAAAGGAAAGAGAUGUCCUUUUUUUCCUAGGGAAAAUCUCACUGACAUCAAGACAUAGUUUUUCCUGGAAAAAAUACGCUAUGAUCGGUUUUCCCUUUGCUGUUCUUGCAUUGGACAUUCUAGUUUUGUUGGUCACUUCUAGGCAUUACUUCGAUACUCUUGACACUAUGUUGCAUACAUUUGGGAGAUGCGGAGAGUGUUUAAGUCAAACACCCUUCAGUUAGCAGCCACUUUUUCCUAAUUGACAAAUGACUAACAUAAUGGCUUUGAUCAUCACAGAACAUUUUGCCUAGCAAAAGGUAUCAGUAGGGAAGACCUUCAAUCUCUCUGCUCUGAAAAUGGAAAUGAGUCAUGAAUGUACAAGUUCAUUCACUAAAAAAAGAGACAUCACUAGCAUGCUGAUUUAACUUGUUAGGUUUAUGCUCAGUAUUUCCACUAAACCUGUUCAUUUGGUUAGUCAGAUUAUUGCUUUGAUUACUUUUCUAUAAGAUUAUCUGGAGAUGGGGUCUUCUUAAAUGUAUUGGCAUUAAAGUACUGUAAAAGAAUUACAUUACUCAAAUCUGGUAAGCUAUUUUUUAACAGAAAUUAACUUCAAGUAUUUCGCAAUGAAAAGUUCAAAUAUAUUAUCUAUAACUGUGCAAUAAUGUACUAAAAGGACAAAGCUCCUGAUGAUUGUGAUAUUUAUUUUAAGUACAACUGGAGAUAUUUUACUCGUAUGUCUAGCUCUUUCAUUAUUAUUUUUUUUAAUGUAACUGCAAGUCCCCUUUGUUGUAUGUAAAUUAGCUUGUAUAUUUUAAAGUGUCUCAUGUUAAGGUGAUUUAUUCUCAUCUUCCCAAAACAUAUUUUCAGAAUAAGUAAUAUAUAUACAUAUAUAUCUAAACUAGCAGCUCUCAAGAUUUUUUGACUGAUGUCUUACUAACUAAUGUAUAAACUGGUUUACAGUAACAGUAAAGAGAUCCAUUUGUAAAUUUCUGUUUACUGCCUUUUCUUUCAGUAUUUGAAAAGACAGAAUGAGUAGCUGGCCUGAUGGUAGGAUGAGAAGAACAGGAUUUUUCCUUUAGAUCACAGAAUUCUCUUUCUCACAUGUUGCUAGAGUUCUCUUUUGAGGUAGUCUCUUGAGGGCUAUGCUUAGAAAACAGACUUCUACAUUGACUGAAGUUCUUUGAAUGCAUUACUCAUGUAAACUGAUGUGAUUAUUGAUUUUCACUCUAUGAGCUGUGAAACAGCUGCUUUUGUCCAAGU